AUGUCAAGCUUGUCCAUUCGCUUGGUGGGAGCAGGGUUUUCGUCUCCUAGUGGUGACCGACCUCAAGAGAAGACGAGAGAUCCCUCCUCCACCAAUUCACCAAUCGAUUCGUAUUCCCCGCGUCAGGAAUCGAACUCCGUUGUCUCCAAUUUUCCGAUUUCAUCAACAAUGGGAAGAGGCAAGUUCAAAGGGAAACCUACAGGCCAACGCCGAUUCUCAAGCGCUGCUGAUAUACUUGCUGGCACUUCUGCUGCGCGUCCUCGGUCAUUCAAGCAGAAAGAAGCUGAAUAUGAAGAAGAUGUGGAAGAGGAGUCUGAGGAGGAAUCUGAAGAAGAAUCCGAAGAUGAAUCUGAUGUGAAGAAGAAAGGACAUGAAGCUCUGAUCGAAGUUGAUAACCCUAACAGAGCAAAACCAAAGACUUUGAAAGCAAGAGACCUUGAUGCAAGUAAAACCACUGAACUCUCGAGGCGUGAAAGGGAGGAGCUAGAGAAGCAGCGAGCUCAUGAGCGAUACAUGAGAUUGCAGGAGCAAGGCAAAACCGAACAAGCAAGAAAGGAUUUGGAUCGUUUGGCUCUGAUUCGCCAACAGAGAGAAGAAGCUGCCAAGAAGCGAGAAGAGGAAAAAGCAGCGAGAGACGCGAAGAAAGUCGAUGCUCGCAUAUAAGACAAGUGUUUACCCUCAGAAAAAACUACCUACUAUAGUACUUGAAAGAAGAAGACUCCUCAGAUGCGUUGUCUUUCUUUACUUUGUUCCUUUUCGAUUGGUAAACAGUAAAACCUCUUUUGUCUAUUUACUCAGUAUUAUGUGAAUCUUUAUACAUUUGAAAGUUAUUAGCAUUUGGCUGCAAAAACCAUAGACAACAUCAGCGUGACUUGCUUUCAUUGAUGCAAAUAACACAGUUUAUAAGAAAUAAUGCGAACACAAAA